AAACCAGUGUGACCAUUUACCACAGUACGAAAACGUAAGAACUCGGCGUCGCGUGGCUUGGCCAGAUUAUCGAACAAAACAAUAUCCUAGAACAAUCCGUAGAAUCCCGUUUCUGUCCCAAAGAGUCCGCGGUGGACCCCAGGAAUCCAUGGCCACGGACACGGUGUCCAACGGCGAGAACUUCGCCCAGCAUUUGACCGGCAGCGGCGACGACGACGUGAUCUGUCCCACAUGCGACGGGAAGAUCAAGCGCAGUCAGGUGGCCGAUCACUGCCAAGUGGAGAUGGAGCGGUUGCACAAUCCCAUAAGGGUCGCCAAUCCGGCGGCCCAAUCCGCCGGGUCAACUGCAGCAUCCGCGUCUCCAGGAUCCGGAUCUGGAUCGGGAGGCAGACAGCCGUGGAGUGUGUUCCAGCGAGUGCAGCGCAACCGGCAGGCCCGUCAGCGCCCGACUAGGAAGCGUCCGGCCUCUCCUGGUCCAUCACCUCCUGCAGCAGUAGCUCCUCCAGCAGCGUCAGCUCCUCCGCCUCCUGCAGCUGCCGCUCCUCCACCCUCAGCCGCUCCAGAAGCCAGUCAACCCACCUGCCCCGUGUGCAAUCAUAACUUUCCGCAAUCCAACAUUCAAGAGCAUGUCAAUCAGUGCCUGCGCCAGAGCCGACGGAACGGCCAGGCCAAUGGGGAGCGGCAUUCCAGCGAUGACUCCGAGGACAGCGAGGAAUAUGAGGAGUACGAGUGGGCGGGACAGAAGCGCAUUCGCGUGUCCACCCUCGUUCAGGGAGGCUACUCUGCCUUGGGUCUGGGCCAGAAUAAGUAUAAUGGCAACCAGCAAGCGCAGGACGACGAGGACGAGGAUCUUAAUGUGGACGAGGAUGACACGCACAUCUAUGGGCCAACGCAGUAUGGCGAGGGCGAUGUGAUUCUGGUCAAUGAGGACACAGAGGGAAAUGUCGAGGCAGAUGUGACCAGCUAUGUGCGCCGCCUAAUCUCCUCCAGCGACGGGCCCAAGGCAAAUCAUUCCAGCGAAACCGCCGAACAAGAGACUGCCCAUGCCAGCAACGUGGAGGCGCCACCAGCCAGGGAGGAGCCAUCCACGUCGCGGUCCACGCGAUCCGCCUCAAACCAGCAGCAGGUCAUCGAGUCGCUGAAGGCCAAGCUGCGGCUGUACGAGAAGCAGGCGCAGGGAAAGUACAAGUGCCUAAUCUGCAUUGAUGACUACAAAAUCCCGCCUUCCGUGUCCUGCUGGCACGUCCACUGCGAGCAGUGUUGGCUGCAGACCCUGGGUGCUCGAAAGCUGUGCCCGCAGUGCAAUUCGAUCACGACGCCGAAGGACCUGCGACGCAUCUACCUGUAGGCGUCCGCAAUCGACUUGUUAUCCCCGCUGCCGAACUGCUUCCGCCGGCUUUGCUACUAACGCAGAUCUAGAUGAUAACCGUAUACAUAUUAUUUAUAUAGAUAACAGAUACCGAUUAUAUUACGUGACAUUACAAUAAGCUUAACAUGUAACUAUUACAAUAAACUACAGAAAACAUCAGUUGUU